AGCCCCGGCAGGUGGAGAAGGGCAGCCCAGGCAGGCUGCAUGCUGCCAGGGGGUGCAGGAUGAAAAUGGACUGGCUCUCCCAGCGCUGCCAGGUGCCGGCUGUCCAGAGCUGCUCCCGCCCGGGAUGCUUCACUUUGCUGCUGGCCGUGUCUCUGUCUUUGCUGAUGUACCCAGUGCUGAAAAGUCUGGCCCUUCAGCUGCACUCUGCAGUCACUGGCAGCUACAUCUCUGGAGCCCACUCCAUCGCUUUCAUCAACUGCCCCAAUGAACAAAUUGCAAAGGAUAUUGCAAGGGCCAUUAUGGAUAAGAAGCUGGCUGCCUGCGUGAACAUCUUGCCAAGGUCCUCAUCCAUGUAUUUUUGGAAAGGGGAGAUCGAGGAAGCCACUGAAGUCCUGCUAUUGGUGAAAACAAGGACAUCGAAAAUCCCCGAGUUAUCGGACUAUGUCAGAUCCAUGCAUCCUUUUGAAAUUCCUGAAUUUAUCAGCCUGCCCAUUGACCAAGGAAACCCUCUCUAUUUAAAAUGGAUUGAAGAAGGCAUCCCAGACAAAUAGUUGGAACGGACCACUUGAUUAUCCUUCUCAGGACACAUACCUGCCCAGCUUUUCCUUCCUGGGAGGAAUAGAAGAGGUUUGCUUUGCCGGUCUGUUCUCUGUUGAGCGCAGGUGGGAGCGGCACAGAUGCAAGGAAGGAAGCAGAGCUUCCCUGGGGGUUGUUGGUAGCGCACACGCUCGGCAUUUGGGAUAGAAGUGAAGACCUGCUUGAAAUACAGAUUAAUGAACACCCCGUGUCUGCGUGAACCUGCGCUCCACAGAGGGGCUGCCACACGGGACAUGGGAAGAGCUGGGGCUCGGGUCCGGAGUUGGGAAGGAUCAGGGCCAUGGGGGCUCUGUGGCUUUUCUGGCUGGCACCCGGGAGGCUGCUGGCCACCCCAUCUAGCCGUCUUCCUUGCAGGGGGAGGAUUGAAGCUAAAGAAAGAAGAAGGUCCUGCUUCCCAAGUGAAAGCAGAUCAGGCUCCGGCAGGUGCACCAAAAUCCAGGGCAACGUUCAAAACCAGAUAGACGUCCCGAGUGCUGGCUACGCAGCCUUUGGGAAAGGGGCCCAGAUGGCGCAAACAACCUCCGCUGGGCAGAGGAGAAAGCUGGGAUGGGAACACAAGGGGUGUCUGAAACAAACACUUUUCACCCUGAUAAAGCCUGGCAGUGCAGAGGGACGUUCAGGUUUUAAUAGGAUCGACUGCUUGUAAUAGGUUUGGUCUGCUACGGUGUAAGUUAUGGAGCAGUAUUUAGUCACUUAUAUCAGAUGCAUUAAUAAGCAAGAGUACAUCUUACUUCUGGAGGCCGGCUUGCUCCUGUCGCCUCUUACGGGAAACAGGAGGGUGUUUGGGUUGAACCUGGAUUUCACCAGGGAAGAGAAGCAUUAGUAGGGUUGGAGGGUACAUGCGCCAAGGCCCCUCUGUGUCCACUGUCGACUUCUUUUUAGGCGUUGUGAAUGUUUCAGUGCUUAAUGUAAGCAGAGGGACUGGGCCCAGGGAUAACCCCUGGUCUUGCAAAAAGGAGCCAUGAGCAUAUUCAUGAGAAGCAGCAGCAGGACCUGAGUUUCAUAACACAUCCAGAAUGGCCUGUUUCUGCCACCUCAGAUUUAUACCAGCGGACACGCAAGCUGCCUUGCAGUUGUGUGAUUAAGUGAUACGGCCUGGUGUGGAGAGAUGUUGGGGGUCAUUUAGUCGACUUUCCAAUGGCAACAUGAAAGAAAGACACGGCCCCCUUCGCCUGCCGUUGUACUGGGCUGUUGUACUCACCCUGACAUUGCGGACCUGCCCGGGGAGAGCCGAUGGGUGGCACGCGUCAGGGACUGAAUGGGCUGUGAAGACUGAGCUGCCCCUAAAAACUGACUUCAGUGGUUCAAGUUUAACAUAGCUUGGCAGCGGGGAAGUUUCUGUGCUCUCCCAGGGGACAGAAAGGACUCGAGUCUCCAGAGCAGUCAGGCCUGCCCCCCCUUUAUAGCACCGGGAUGGAUCUCGCUGUCCCGCAGGCUCUGUGUACACUUGUAAUCAAAGCCCAAAACCACACCUGAACAAAAUCAGAGCAAUCCUCCUUCUUCUACCCCUGGGACCCAAGCCAGGUGCCAGCAGAUUCUGCAUUAUUUACCUUCCUCCUGCUUCAUCAGCUCUCGUCUCAAGAGUUAAAACACCAGCUGUUCCACGGUAUUACCUCCUCUCGAGUCAAUUCAGGGCUCCCAUUAAGCUCUGUUUGCCUAAUGGUCCAGCUUAAAAGAUUCCCCACAUUCCUCCAAUUCUUGGACCGGAGCUAGAGACUAAUCCUGUUACCGAAGGGCAAGGCUGCACUCCUGUAACAAAGCAAAUAGCCACCUUUGCUUUCAUGCUGCUGCAGAUGAGAUUUUGCUGCAUAAUACAGGAAAGCACUCCUCCAACCAGCUCCGGUCCCGCAUAGCAGAGUCCUACCCGCGCACACCAGCCGGAGACGGGCUUCGCUGCUUGUCACAGCAGUGUCGUCACGGGGUGUAAAGCGGGCCGAAGACCCAGCCAUUUCAGCCUUGCUUUUGGUUGGUCCCUGUUGAGUAGAGAGACCUGGACCAGUGUCUUGUAGCAAGCGCCUUGCUGGGCCACGCGCCCAAGAGGUCCCUCGGAGCCAAGCAGGGGCAAGCUGGACCACGGAGGCAUCUCAGCAACCUGCAGACAGAGUAGGGAGCAGGGCUGAGGAGUCACCUGCUUUCUGAAUCUCUCUGCGCAUCAACAUAUUGCAUCAACAUACAGUUACCUGGGAGGGGUUAUAUGUACGUGCAUGCCACUUAAUGCCACCUCAACAAAACAUCUCUGGCCACCUUUUCACUCUGGGACGGUGCAGAUUGGAGGGGAAACAUCUGCAGGAACCAGAACUAAUUGGUACAGUGCUUCGCUCACAUUCGUCUGUCUUUAUGUUUUCUUCUCACCAGCCAGGCAAGCUAUGUGUUUCACCCGGAGGUGGCAGCAUUUCACCGACAGCCAAAGGUGGUUCUCUGAGGUAAUUUCCAUAACUCAUAAAUACUCCCCUACAGAGAGGGGAGGGGAGGGAAGGAGAGGGAGAGCAUGCACACCCCAGAAUAAAGCUUCUUGCACGAGAGAAAAGAAAGCACCCCUGAGCCAGUCAGUAUAGUAAAUAGCCAAAGCAAAGGAAUGCAUUUGCUCCAGGUAUAAGAGCACUGCAUGUAUUUGAUCGUCCAAAUCCCUCCUGCAGGAAGCAUUAGGUAUAUUAAUGUCAGCCUGAAAUACAACAGGGUCAAAGUUACUAGAAAUGCCCUGUGCUGCUUAUUAAAGGAAGAGCAGCGCUACCAUCGCCCCAAGUCUUCAGCUUGGUUUGUGCAAGGUUUCGGGAGCCACGUGGACUCCUGCCCGGCCUGAGCUCAGUAAGGGGGAGACGACCGCAAGCCAGUGAUGUUAAAAAAGACUUUUUAAUUGUACAUCAGACAUAUUAAUUACAACUUGAAUACAACAAAAGUUGGUUAUUAAAAGCAGCAACUUGAAAUCAUAAAUCUUUAGAAGGUGCAAAGAGUUGUUAUAAGAUCUAUGAGGCCUAACACAAAAUACUCUCUGGAAUAAAAUCUUUUUAAAGGCUUCCCCCUUCACCUCUGGAGCCAAAUGGGGGGUGGGGAUUUACCUGCAGGGCCUGUGCGGUGCCAGCUGGCUGGGGCAGGGACGGGUUUGAAUGUGCAAUGGCUUCUCAGAUUGCGCCCAGCAAGGAUUUAAAAAGCCUGCACGUGCUGGCGGUGCUGCGCGACGGUGCCCGGCAUCCCCCACCCCACGCAGUGACUUAGACCAGGGGUUCUCAGCCGCUGUAGACCCAAGACCCCCCUCUGGAUUGUCACUCGAUUUUUGACUACAGAAAAAACAGAGCAAUUCUUCCUUUGCAAAGAGCUCAAGCAAGACCUCAAUGGGGCAGAAUGGUCUGAACACUGUGGAUUCCUCUUUGUGAAUCGUGAAGGCACACCUACCAGUGCUAACACGGGGUGACUCCCAGCGGCACCCCUUAAAGGACCUCAAGGCAUCCUACGAAGCCACAGCACCCUGGUUGAGACUCACCAACUUAGUACUCAAAAGCUUUGCAGGCACUUGUGAAAGGUCAACGCAUUAAAUGAAUGCUUGGUAAC